UGUGUUUGAGUGAGCACAUGAAAUCAUGUGUGCUUAAUUUGGUUUCUAUCUUAAUCUUCCUAAAAAUAGAAUUCAUAUUUUGAGUUGGUCCUGCUAAGCUUCUUCUUCAUACUUCAUAUCUCCAUUUGGGAAAAGCUUUGCUUCUUGUACACUCAAAUUCAGGAGGAACUUGAUAUGUUUUAAAGACAAAGACAAUGGCCUGGACUUCUAUUAAUUGGCAACUACAAGUUGUAAUCUUUGCUGUUCUGUUUUUGCCAAUUCUAUGUGUCGAACAACAUAACGUGUCUCAAGAACAAACCCUUUUAAGAAUUCAACAUCUUUUGUAUUAUCCGGUUGUUCUUAGUAGCUGGAACAAUGCCACCGAUUUCUGCAAUGCUGUUCAAAGUUCAUCAGUUACUGUUGUCUGCUAUGAAGAUAUAGUAACACAACUUCAUAUAAUCAAUAGCGAUAAAGCCCCUCCGUUGCCAAAAGAUUUCUUGAUAGACACGUUUUUUACGACACUUGUGCAGCUUCCGAGCUUGAAAGUCCUCACAUUAGUUUCUUUAGGCCUAUGGGGAGAGUUACCGGCGACAAUAACCCAUUUAUCGUCACUAGAAAUACUUAACAUUACAUCAAACCACUUCACUGGUGCCAUCCCAUCUGAAAUCACAUCUUUGGCUGAUCUUCAAUCACUUGUACUCGAUGACAACAAGUUCACGGGAUGGAUUCCGAAACGCAUGGGUUUCUUGUCCCGUUUGUCGGUUUUGAGUAUGAAGAACAAUUCACUAAAUGGGGUGUUGCCCAAGUCUUUAGGGAGUUUGGUUGAUCUCCGGGUUCUUGCGCUUUCUCACAACAAUUUGACGGGCCAAGUGCCCGAUCUUCAUAGUUUGAGUAACCUCCAAGUUCUUGAACUGGAAGAUAAUUCUCUAGGGACUGAGUUCCCUCGGGUCAGUGGUAGAAUCAUCUCUAUCGUGUUGCGGGAUAACAAGUUCACCAAUGGUCUACCAGAAGAACUGCAUUUAUUUUACCAACUUAGAAAGCUAGACAUAGCUUUAAACCGAUUUGUGGGGCCUUUUCCGACUUCUGUGCUAUCUUUACCAUCAAUAACUCAUCUAGAUAUCGAUGGGAAUAGGUUUACAGGUAUGCUGUCUGAGGAUCUUGCUUGCAGUCCGCAGCUUCAGUUUGUUGACUUGUCUGCUAAUCUUUUAACUGGGAGAUUGCCAAGUUGCCUUGCAUCUUCAAUGGCCCGAAAUGUGGUCUAUGAAGACAAUUGUUUAAUUGCAAAUGAUGGGAAUGAAGUUAAAAGUCAAAAACCAAUCUCGUUUUGUAGAACUGAAGCUUUGGCUGUUGGAAUCAUCCCGAGACAUCACCAGACCAGUAAGGGCUCAAAAGCAGCCCUUGUUAUUGGGAUCACCGGAGGGAUCAUUGGAGGGAUCUUAUUGGUUGGUUUAGCAUUCUUGAUUUUCAGGCAUGUACAUGCUAAGAAGAGUGUUAAAAGUCCUCUACCAAAGCCUAUAGCGGAAAAUGCUACCACUUCCUACACUUCAAAGUUGCUUUCAGAUGCAAGAUAUGUUACUAGAGUAAUGAAGUUAGGAACACUAGGUAUUCCACCUUACCGCGCCUUUUCACUGGAGGAACUCGAGGAAGCUACUAAUAGCUUUGAUUCAUCUACCUUUAUGGGGGAAGGGUCUCAUGGUCAGAUGUACAGAGGCCGACUCAAGGAUGGAUCAAAUGUAGCUAUACAAUGCCUAAAAAUGAAAAGAAAACACAGUACACAAACAUUUACACAUCAUAUAGAGUUAAUCUCAAAACUUAGACACCAGCACUUGGUCAGUGCGCUGGGCCAUUGCUUUGAGUUCUACCUGGAUGACUCGAGUGUCAGCAGACUAUUUCUUGUGUUUGAGUAUGUACCAAAUGGGACACUUCGAGACUGGAUUUCUGGAACUAAAAGCGGAAAAUCAUUAUCAUGGAGUCAAAGAAUAGCCACUGCAAUUGGCAUAGUGAAGGGCAUCCAGUUCCUUCAUACAGGUAUAAUACCCCGUUUCAUCUCAAGCAACCUGAAGAUAACAGACAUUUUGUUGGAUCAAAAUUGUGUUGCCAAGCUUAGCUGCUAUGAUCAGCCAUUGUUGGAUCAAAACAUCAAAGAGGAUGGCGUUCAAAGUUAUUUCAACAGAUCCAAAGAGCCUAAUCGUGCAAGAGUUAGCAAACCAGAGAAAGCUGAUGUGUACGAUUUUGGGGUUAUACUACUAGAACUGAUUAUUGGGAGACCGCUAUGCACACCAAAAGAAAUAGAGUCUGUAAAAGAACAAUUUCAAACCAGAAUGGCAGCCGAUGAUGGAGCUAUAAAGUACAUUGUUGAUCCAGAAAUUCGCAACACAUGUGCCUGUCAAUCUUUAAAAACAAUGGCGGAAAUCUGCAGUAGCUGUUUGGUCAACGAUCCAGCAGAGAGACCAUCUGUGGAGGAUAUGUUGUGGAAUCUGCAAUUUGCUGCACAAGUUCAGGAUGCCUGGAAUAGUAGUGAAGGAUCUCCGGUUUUAUCUUCACAACCUACAAUCAUUCAGCAUUAGCAUUAUUUUCGGUACAUAUCAAAAUGAAAUUUGAUUGUAAAGAACAUUAGGGUUGGGUUCUAGCUAAUGAGUAGAUUAUUAUCCGGAGAGUAAAUAGCUUACUGGUCAUGUUAUUUUUUGCAACUUUCAGAUGCAACAAGAAUGUGUAAUAAUAAAUUCUAGUGAUAAAAACUCUAGUUGUCAGUA